GACUUGUGUAUCGUACUGUCAUCUGUGCUGUAGCUCUGUGACAUAAAGCUCGAACUGUACAGCAGCGAUCCCACAUUGUAAUGUUAACUAACGCACAAUAAAAAACAACUGAUGAAAUCGUUCUGGUUGCUCAGCGUAUUAAAGCGAAAUAGCCGCGUGUCGGCUGCAUGCUAACUUUUUUUUGCAAAGGAAUAGUGUCGUGAAGCCAUCGCAUUUUCAGACUCUGAAGGAACCAAGUGUAGUGUGAGGCGCCAAGCUCUCACGGAGUUUCAGCACCUUGCCUGUGAGACAGUACCGCUUUCAUCUUUACUUGUGUUAACGAGAGAGUAGCAUAGCGCGCCUUUUGUUUUGGACGAGUGAUUUAAAAAAAUUAAAGUACUUGUGACUGCAGUUUCUUGUCUUUUUGUUUUAUUUUUAUUUAUAUGCAGGCUUUGCAAAUAGUCUGAUGUGGGAGGGGGUGAGUAGGUAUCAGUAUUACACUAUUUUGGAACCGAGAAGAGACCCUUCGUUGCUUAAUUUGCUCAAUAGGUAAUGCUUCUAGGAAGGUCUUAUGAAUUAAUUUAAGCAUUUCCAGAAGUGCCUCAGUUUUACUGAUCUUGAGUAUAACCGUGCCUUAAGUGGGCAAAUUGAUUUCAACAUUUAAAGUUUUAAGUUUAUGAAAGGAAAUUGCAUCAGUUGCAACAUGCCAGUUCUGUAUAUUUGCUGUACCUAUAGCAUAGGCACAAUUGAAGGCAAAUUUCUGUUUACUAUUUAAAUUAUUUUUUCCCUUCCAUUUCGAGAUUUGCCUGAUAACCACUAACCAGAGAAAGAAUUGACCUAAACAUUCGAAGCUAAACUGAAGGGCAGUGACAGCCAUUAAAAGAAAUUUUGUAGUAGACAUACUCUUCCAUAUUCAAAUAUUAGUAACUGGUUUCCAUAUUAAGCUUCUAGAAUAAACACAGAUAAGCAUUCACCUUAUACCACAGAGAAUUUUAAAUUUCCUUUAAAAUAUAGAUUGACCUCUAGUUUCAGGUGUUAAAUACUCAAGGUUGCAUUGAAGUGGGGUCCUUCAGAAUUACAUUCUUGACAAGCUAAAUGAAACUUAAUAUCUUGAUUGAUUUAAUUAUUAGAAAAGAAUUUCCCAUUAAGCCUAUCAAAAUUCUCUCUCAACACCAGAAAAGUAAUACUGCUGCUGUAAAUAUAAACUAAACAAUUCUAGUAAAUACAGGCCAGUUAAAUACACUAAUAUGUUAUUGCCAUGCUUAUUAAAUGAAUACAUUUUGGUGGGAAGUGGACAGACAUUAAGAUCUGGAAUGGAAGUGAGAUGUCUUAAUUUAGCCUGAUCUUUUUAUCAGAAGAACUAUGUUCAUAGCUAUUUUUCUUUUGAUUGUGAUAGGGUUGAAAAGAAGCCCCAGUGUGUAAAGGAAUUGGUUUCAAAGGAUGUGACUGAGUCAUCUGGGUGGACCAAGAUGACUGAAUUUAGAAUCGCAUUUAUUACAUAAUCACCAACAGAAUAGAAAUACAGGAACAAAUGAAACUGAACAUAUUACUCUACUUUUUGGUAGGGAGUUUGGCUCGACAUGUUCUUAAAUCAAACAUUUAUGAACAAGUCAAAAAGCUUUUGUGGUUAUGGGAUCUUUUUUCACUUUAUAAAGUUAAUGUUUUGUGUAAAGUUCAGAAUAAAGUCUGGAUUUUUGAGCUCCUUUAAAAAAAAUCUAAUUAAAAAUCAGCUAUUUUUUUACACUGAAUUAGGAAGCCAAGGCUUAUGCUUACAAUGUUAAGGACAUUAAAAUUAGCGUAUGGGAUUAGGAUAUAGAUUGAUGGGAAUAAUUUUUUUCAGUGAAAUAGAAGAACAGUGGCAAUUCCAGAUCAUGGAAUCGUAAAGUCUAAAAGGAGCAAGAAGAGAUCUUGGAGAUUAUCUCCUAGAAACUUUCAUAUCCUGAACCCCCUUCUCAUUUAAUAGAAAAAAUAAGCUUUACCAAAGAACAUGAAAUUAUUUGUUCAAGAUCAUUUAAGUAGCUUACAUUAUUGGUUUCCUAUCCAUUGCCCUUUCUAUUAUUAUGUGACAAAUCUGGAAGAAAAAAAACUAUUCCUCUUCUCCCUUUAAAUUUCUUUUUGUUGUUAGUGAGUCCUUGUUUAAUUGUUGUGAUAAGUCUGUGGACUUUCUAUACACCUAUAUGUGUUUGCAUAUAUUGUUAGAGCAUGCUUGCAGUUUGGUAUACUUCAUUUUAUAGAGUUGCAUUCUGGAAAAGUUUUGCAAAUUGUAUCAUUUUUGAUCUUAGUGUUUGUAAAAUGGGUGCAGAUUCAUCCCUAAUUUAAGAAUUGGCAUGAUUUAGAAAGUGUCGAUAUCUGAAUUUUGUAUUUUUAAAAAUUGGAUUGUACUUAUAUUCUUUUUUAGUAAAAACUUAAUAUAAUUCAAGAACGGGAGAAAUUCUAUUCCCCCUACAAUUAAUUGUAUUGAUUUGGGUUUGUGGGAUGGGGACAUCAAUGGUAAUGUCACAUUUGUCCUAACUAGUUCAGCUUGUAGUUAACACCAUCACUCAGUUAAGUUUCAGAUAAUAAUGAUCCCAAUCUUUGAUUUGCCAGUGACAGUCUUCUCCAGCAUAAAAGUUGAAUUGAAUUUACUGUUACUUUAUGAGAAUCUCAACUUCCAAAAAAAUAUAAGGAGAAAAAUCUGCUUUUCUAAUCUUGUUUUUCAUUGAAAUAAACCAAGUAAAUCUAAUUUUUAAAAGACAUCACUCUCAAGUACUUUUAAACAAGUAGUCUGAUUUUUGAGGGAAAAAGAGAAGAAAUUUGCUGACGGUAGAAGAAGGAAGUAAGUCCUGGUCCUGUGCUCCUUUGCUAAAAGAUACAAUUUUUAUACAAUUGCGAUUCCACUUUUGUAAAUAGUUAAAAAAUCUGAAAUUAUUAACUAAUUCUUGGCAUAACAUUAAAUGCCCAUCAUAAUCUGAUACCCUAGCUUGUUUGCUUUGAUUCAUACUCUUUUUAUCCAUAGAUUAGAUUAUUCUCAUAUAGAUAACUGUACCCUGUACUUUAGAAUGUUUUCUUCUCCCCCAGCUCCUAAACUCUUGUCAUCUUAUUUUUUUUUAAAUGAUUUGUUUUAUUCUUAAAUUUAAAUUUCAAUUUAUCAGAAAUAUAUGUAAAUAUCUAUCAAACAAAUCUGACAAAUUUUGGCAACUUGGUACCAUCUUUAACCACUUCAUUUUUAAAAAAUUAUUUUUUUAUUAAAAAUAUUGAUUAGUAUGCUUUGUUUUGUCAUAGCAGACCAUUAAACCAAGCCCUACUACAAAGUGUUUUCCUCAAAAUUAGUUUGUCUUUUAAACUUUAUUGGUAUCUUUUAGUUUUAUACCACAUUCAUUUUUAAUAUAUACUUCCCCUUUUUUUACUUGCUGGGCUGUCCUAUCUAAUGAAUGAAUAAAACAGAAGGAGUAGAGGAAUUCAAUUAAGGUAAAUUAGCCAACACAUCAGUGGUAGAUAAAAUGUUUUAUAUAAAAGCCCAGUCUCACACUUAUGCAGAAAAGGAGGCCAUCUUCCCUGUCUUCUUGGAGAUUAGCUUAUUAUAUUUGACCAAAUUUCAGUAUUAUUUUCUUUCCAUUUAGAAGAUUGUAGUUACUGUUUUCCUGGUUGUGCUUUGGCCACUCAUAGAAAUUUUUCUAUACUUCUCUGAAUUUUUCACAUUUGUGACUUUAUGGGACAAUAAUGUUUCGUUGCAAUUUUAACUUUUCCCCAAUUGGUAGCCAUCUACUACUUUGUUAAUAGUUUGUUGCUACCACAAAAAGGGCUGUUAUAAAUAUUUUGGUCUAAAUGAGCUCUUUCUGUUUUUGUUCUUCUUGGGGCUUCUGGUUCUAAAGGUAGACCCAUCUUAAUUGUUUUCCAGAAUAAUUGUGGGACCAACUUACACUUUCACCAAUUAGUGGUCCCACUUUUCUACUAUCUUCUCUUUUAUAUGAUUUUGUUAAUGGUUUCAAAAUCUUGUUAAUUGUUUCCAGGUCUUUUGAGAACUAUUUAUAUCUAUUGUCUAGUUAUUUCUGAAUGAUUGAUUCUUGGUAUUUCCUACUACCAAGAGUCUGCAAUUUUUAAAUUGGUAUCAGCUAGGAUGUAAAGAUAUUUUUCCCCCCAAAUUGAUAGUUUCCCUUCUUUGGGUAUUAAAAAAGUUUUUAGUUUUGAUGAAAUUGAGUUUACUAUUAAUUAUUUUAUCUUUCACUUAUAUCCUUUUAUUUUAACCAGAUCUGUGAUGGGUAUUUGUUUGAUCUGGAUCUCUUCUAAUUUUUUCUUUUUAUGGUGUGAUUUUUAAUGUUAAUGUUAAAUAUCAAUUUCUUAAUAACAAAGGAGGGAUGUCUUUUUUUUUUUUUUUUUUUUUUUGAUGGUAUAAUAACAUUUACCCAUUACAUCCAAAUAGCAAGAUUUGGGUACAUAUUUUAUUUUUAUUAAACAUGAUGCUAUCAUUUUUGUACUUAAUAGAGCUAUCUCUUCAUGCUAUCUGUGAUUUCCUUUGGAAUGUAUAGUUACUUAGCAGUGAAAUCCGAGUCCAAAGGUGAGAACAAUUUAGUAAGUUUUCUUUUAUUGUUCCAAAUUGUUUUCUAAAAUGGUUAAAACAAAUCACAGUUGCACCAAUAGCAAAUGGUGCUACUGGCACCCCCUCCAAUCUUUGUUAAAUUGAGGGUAGUAUGGAAAUCUUAGAAUCAUUACUGGUGUUUCUCUUAUUACUUGAUUUUGGAUGAUUUUAGGUAAUUACUGAUGAUUGUUUUAAUUUGUUGUGAAAUUUUUCUUAGAAGUUUUCAUCCUAUCUAAUGGUAUUUAAUCUUUUUGUCAGAUAUUUAAUAUAUAAAUUUUUUAAAAAAGUUAUAUAUUUGUGAUCUAACUUUUUUUUUGGGGGGGUGACAUCUAUACAUUCUUCCCUUAACUAUGGUGGGGAAAACUAUAACUUUGAAUUCUUGCACAAUUUUUUAAAGUUAUGACUAUAUUUUAUAUAGUUCAUUUGGAUUUUAACUUGAUAUUUUGUAUAUAAUACUAAUCUAAAACUGAUAUCUGUCAGGCUUUUUUCCAGUUGCCUCAGUAAUUUUUUUGAGGGAGAGGAUAGGAUAAAGUUCCUUCCCUUGAUUUCAACCCCAUCCUCUCCCUUGGUUUUGAAGAAUAUAUUAUGCAUUUGUUUUUAGAUCUUGCUCAUCUGUAGCUACUUCCCCUGACCAAUUUUUCAUCAGAUAAUUUAAAUGUUUAUUGAUCUGUAAGAUAAUUGGAGAAUUGCCUAAAAACUUGUUUUAAAGUUUAUCUGAAGUGCUUCUUUCUGAUUGUCCACAUUAACACCCCUGCCUUAAGUUUCCUCUUACUUGGAUCUUUGAUAUCUUUGUUAUUAUACUAUAGUACUCUUACGUUAAAGUAGGUAAAGUAGGUGGUAAAGUAGGUCCUGGUGAUAUGGGGAAAAAAACUAAUGCCCUGUCCUGGAGGAGUUUACAGUUUACAGGGAGGGGUUAGAAUAUGUUUUCAUGUACAAAUAGGUAAACAAAGUACUACUUUGAAGUCUGGAAAGACUUCAAAGGAAUAUUGGAAUUUUGUGGAGCAGGUAAAAAGAAUUUGCAUCCCAGUUGUGAGAGAGCCCAGAGAGGCAGCCUGGUGUAGUGAGUGAUAUUGGAAUCCUAGUCAUGAAAAUCGUCGUUCAGACUCCACACAACUCAGACAAAGCUCUCUGAGUCUCCGUUUCCUCACUUGUAAAAUAAGAGGAUUGAAUCCAAUGGUAGUGUAAGAAAGCUCUGAAUCAGUGAUAUUAUGACCUGUACAGAAGUUGGAUGAUGAAAUGUCUACAGGCAAUAGUUUUAGGUUGUUGUGAGAAGAGGAAUGAUGUAAAAUCAAAGUUGGAAGGCAAAUGGUAGGAGUUGGAUUGUGGCAGGUAUUUAAGACUGGUCCCAAGGAUAUCGUGUUUUAUUGUAGCAGCAAUUUGAGGUUUUAAAACUAACUUGAAAUUUUUUUAGUAGCAGGAUUACAUUAUCAAAGCAGUGAUCUAAGAACAUUUGUUUGGCAGAUGUUUGAAGGAUGAAGGUGGUUCAUCAAAUAAGAGGUUACUUUAGUACUCCAGGUGAGAGAUGAAGAUGACCAGAACCUAGGUGAAGAUUGUAUGAGUAGAGAGAAAGAGAUAGUUGCAAGUACUAUAAUUUUGCCUCAUUUACUAGAUUAUAAGCAUGAUGAGAGUAAGGAUUAUCUCAUCUAAACAUUGUGCCUUCUCUGAUGCUUACUCUAGUGCAGUCCUCUGCACACAGCAGGCCCCUAUAUUCUUGAAUUGAUUGUUACUAAGAUGUAUAACUUUAUGUUUUGCUGCUUUGUGCCACCUAAUAUUUAAUAAUGAUAACAUGGUACCCACCUUAUUUUGUGUGGAAAGAUAUGCAAAGCAUCCUUGGCAUGUGUUUGUUUAAUAAAGUUUUACACUGAAUUUCAGUAGUAGUACAGUGAAUAGUUGGCAUGUCGAUUAUAUCUUCCAUUUGUACUUGAAAAUUCUUGCCCAGAAGUUGGGUUUUUAAUUUAUUAAAAGCAGUUAAAACAGUAGAGGGGAUAUAAAAAAGAAAUUUGAUUUCAUAAUGUCAGUGAAAAUGGCAUACCUCAGCGCGCUCUGAAAACACCUAUGUGGUCUUUCUAACUUGCUAAAGGAAGUCAUGGUAGGCGCAGUAGGACAGUUAAAUAUUCAGAUCCAGUGGAGUGACUAGAAUAAAAAUUCACAGAUCAUAUAACUAUAGAGGUUGUGAAAUUAUGAUUUAUUAUCAGUAAAUGUAUACCCACAUACCCGGGGUCAAGUAAAGGGCAAAAAGGGGUCUCAAGUGGAAAAAAGUUUUUAAAAGUUCUGGUCUAGAAGAGAAGCCCUAUUAAAGAAGUUAUUGAGAGGCCUUUGAAUUGAAUUUGGAAGCAGCUCAGGAUUCCAGGAAGUAGAAAUGAGCUAGAGAAUUUUGGACAUGGAUGUUGGGAGGUGGGCAAUGGACAAGAGGCGCCCAGUCUAUAUGCAGAAAAUGUGGUGCACUGAGAAUAUGUAGAACAGUUUGGCUGAAGUGUAUAGUCUGAGGGAAAGAGGCUAGCAAAGUGUUGUGUAAUCAAUUUUAAAGGCACAUUAUGAAGGACUUUCAAGGCCAAAACAGGGAUUUUGUGUUUUAUUCCAAAAGCAGUGAAGGGGGAGCUUCAUGAAUAGAGUACUGAUAGGGUAUUAGGAUUGAUUGUUGAGAAUCUACCAAAGGAAGAUCAAGUUGAACACUUAAAUUAGUUCAGAGAAGUGACUGAAUGGUGAAGAACGGUUGUGGUUAUGUAAAUGCAGGUAAGGAGAUGGAAUUGAGAAAUGUUGGGGAGAUAGAGUUAGGAUAGAAUAAGGAACUUACCUGCUUUGGACAGAUUUAGGGGGAAAGAUAAUGACUUCAUUUCACAUUUGUUUACCAUGGGUACGGUAUAUCCACAUAAAGGUGGUGUCUAACAGGUAUUUGGAGAUAGAGGUUUGAAGCCCAGGAGAGAUGAUGCCUAAAUUCAGAUACUUGGACAGUCAUUUGCAAUAAAAAUGAUAGUCACAGGUACUCAUGAGAUCUCUAGAGAAGUGGAAUAUAAGGAGAACCACCCACAUAACAAUAGAAUAUUGAUAAGUGAUUUCACCAGCAAGUGAGAUCAAUAAGGGUUGGUCGAUCCCUGAAAGGUAGUUACAUGAAAAGUCCCAACAGAAGAGAGCAUCCAAACAAGACUUUCUAACCUGGGAUUCCCAAAUUUGUUUUUUUUAGGAGGAGGGGUAUGAUUAGAAGCAUCAGAUGUUGCAGAAAGGUCAAGAAGAGUGAGGACUGAGAAAAAAUGCCCAUCAGAUUUAGCAAUAAAAAGGAGGGAGAAGAAGGAGCAGUAUUAGAGGGAGUGGUGCAGUGGAAGCCAAAUUAUGGGGGAACAUCAUCUCCAGCGGGCUAUUUCAGCACAGCAGGUAUAUGGCGAGAAGAGGGAUAAUAUGGUUAUUCCCGUCCCAGAGGCAGAGAGUAAUAUUGCUUACUAUGAAUCUAUAUAUCCUGGGGAAUUUAAGAUGCCAAAGCAGCUAAUUCACAUACAGCCUUUUAGUUUGGAUGCUGAGCAGCCUGAUUAUGAUUUGGAUUCUGAAGAUGAAGCCUUUGUGAAUAAGCUGAAGAAGAAAAUGGACAUCUCUCCUUUGCAGUUUGAAGAGAUGAUUGACCGGCUUGAAAAAGGCAGCGGCCAACAGCCAGUCAGUCUGCAGGAGGCCAAGCUGCUGCUGAAAGAAGAUGAUGAAUUGAUUAAAGAAGUAUAUGAAUACUGGAUUAGGAAGAGGAAAAACUGUCGAGGUCUAUCUCUUAUCCCAACAGUAAAACAAGAGAAGAGGGAUGGCUCCAGCACAAAUGAUCCUUAUGUGGCUUUCAGAAGACGUACUGAAAAAAUGCAGACUCGAAAAAAUCGUAAAAAUGAUGAAGCCUCAUAUGAAAAAAUGCUUAAAUUGCGUAGAGAUCUGAGUCGGGCUGUUACUAUUCUAGAAAUGAUAAAAAGAAGAGAAAAAAGUAAGAGGGAACUAUUACAUUUAACACUGGAAAUUAUGGAGAAAAGGUAUAAUUUGGGCGACUACAAUGGAGAGAUCAUGUCUGAGGUUAUGGCACAAAGGCAGCCAAUGAAACCUACUUAUGCCAUCCCCAUCAUUCCUAUUGGUAAUAGCAAUCAAUUUAAACAUCAGGAAGCGAUGGAUGUUAAGGAAUUUAAAGUUAAUAAGCAAGAAAAAACGGAUCUUAUAAGACCGAAAAGGAAAUAUGAGAAAAAGCCCAAAGUCUUAGCCUCGUCUGCCACUGCUGCUCCUCAACAGACGAGCCCUGCUGCACUGCCAGUCUUUAAUGCUAAAGAUUUAAAUCAGUAUGAUUUUCCCAGCUCAGAUGAAGACCCCCUCUCCCAGGUUUUGUCUGGUUCUUCUGAAGCUGAGGAAGAGAAUGAUCCUGAUGGUCCUUUUGCUUUCCGUAGGAAAGCAGGCUGUCAGUACUAUGCUCCUCACUUAGACCAAACUGGCAAUUGGCCAUGGACUAGUCCUAAAGAUGGAGGAUUAGGAGAUGUGCGCUAUAGAUACUGCUUAACUACCCUCACUAUACCCCAGAGGUGUAUUGGAUUUGCAAGAAGACGGGUUGGGCGUGGUGGAAGGGUAUUACUGGACAGAACUCAUUCAGACUAUGACAGUAUGUUUCGUCAUCUGGAUUUGGAAAUGCUUUCCUCCCCACAACACUCUCCAAUCAAUCAAUUUGCCAAUACCUCAGAAACAAAUACCUCGGACAAAUCUUUCUCUAAAGACCUCAGUCAGAUACUAGUCAAUAUCAAAUCAUGUAGAUGGCGGCAUUUUAGGCCUCGGACACCAUCCCUACAUGACAGUGACAAUGAUGAGCUCUCCUGUAGGAAAUUAUACAGGAGUAUAAAUCGGACAGGCACAGCACAACCUGGGACCCAGACCUGCAGUACCUCCACACAAAGUAAAAGUAGCAGUGCUUCAGCACACUUUGCAUUUACAGCCGAACAAUACCAGCAACAUCAGCAGCAGCUGGCACUCAUGCAGAAACAGCAGCUUGCACAAAUCCAUCAGCAGCAAGCAAAUAGUCAUUCCUCUACCAACACUCCACAGAACCUUGCAUCUAACCAGCAGAAAAGUGGCUUUCGCCUGAAUCUACAUCAUAGCCAUUGUGUACAGGGUUUAGAAGGGACUCUGCAGGGUUUUGUUUCCAAGACAUUGGAUUCCGUUAGUGCUCAGUUUGCUGCUUCUGCUUUGGUGACAUCAGAACAACUGAUGGGAUUCAAGAUGAAGGAUGACGUGGUGCUUGGAAUUGGAAUGAACGGCAUCUUUCAAGCCUCAGGAGUAUAUAAGGGCUUACACCUCAGUAGUACUACACCAACAGCACUUGUACAUACAAGUCCAUCAUCAACAGCAGGUUCGACCUUGUUACAGCCUUCUAAUAUAACACAGACUUCAAGUUCCCACAGUGCACUGAGUCAUCAAGUGACUGCUGCCAAUUCUGCAACAACUCAGGUUCUGAUUGGGAACAACAUU